AUGAAUAUUGAACAACAUAAUAGUAAAAGUUCAUUUCAAAAUGAAACAACAAUGAAUAUUUGUGAAUAUGAUUCAUUUGUAACAAAUAAAAAUUAUUGUGUUUAUUUAUCAAAUUUUGAAGUACCAAAUAUAAUAUUUGCAGCAACAUUACUUAUAAUAAAAAUGAACAAAAUAAACGUGAACAACUUUCGAAACUUCAAGCGAAUUCUUAUAAAUCAAAUUUUUGCUGUAAAACUUGAAAUGACUGUAUUACAUAUUGAAAAUAAUCUUCCAUAUGUAGAACUUAAUUUAUGUGAACCAAAUUUAAAUACUGAAAUACGUGCAAUAGUAUCACAAUCAUCAUCAUUAACUACAACAAUAGUACUAAAAUCAAAUUAA